UUUCGCGAUUUCCAUCUGUCUAUCUGCGAGACAACCCAGACAGAGGAACAACAUGGAUCCAAACACAACGAUUUUGCGAGUCAAGCGAAAAAGGGGGACCGACCCCGCAGAUGCUUUGCUGUUGGCGUGCAAACGUAUCCGGCCGGAAACGAACCAGAGCUCAGGCGAAACGGUACCUGAGCCCAAUGAAGCCGAGGUGGAAAACUCUGUGUUCAAACUCGUGGCGACCGUAGCGACACAGGAUGCUCCCGUUCAGACGCAGGUCCGGCAGGCUUUGGCUCGGCCUCGCAUGGCCCACGCACUGCGCCCCUCUGCUGCCAGCUCUCAACGGAUAAUUGGGGACCUACGGAGCACAAAGUGGAGCACCCGGAGGGAGGAACGCUACAGGAUACUUUCCAGCCACCGUACAGGGCUGUCAGAUCCAGCUGAGCAGCAAACCCCCCAAAUAGAUGCUGCUGAGAACGUAGGGGAAAGUGGGAAAGAGCAGGACAAAUCCUGGGGCCUUGGUGAAAUCCAGGUGGUUGAUCUGAUACAUGAAGAUGUGGAGGAGCAGGACAAAUUGUCUGGCAAGACGUUAACAGACCCAGAAGUGAUCCUGUGUAACAACACAAAGAUGCUGCGGGAGUCUCUGAGCAUAUCUGGAGAGAGACUGGGGGAAGAGCACCGGGAGCAGGAUUAUGACUACGUCUAUGAUCUUUACUACCAGGAAACGGUCACACCAGGCUGGAUCCAGGACAUCCUGUCUGUCAGGGCCUACCCCGAUGAGGGAGAACUGGUGCCGGACCUUGUGGUUCAUGAAGAGGAGGUGUAUGAAGAUGAGGAUGAUGAAAACGAGGAAGGCAACUGGAGGAACGACUACCCUGAUGAGGAAAGUGACGAAGACGGUGACAGAGAGGAGCGCUAUGGUGGUUACUGGGAGGAGGAGCACUCAUACAGCCGGAGGAGCUGGGAGCGCUACCGGACGGAAGUGCUGCACGAGCUGGGCUGCCGUGAUGAGGAGGAUGAGGAUGAGGAUGGAGACAAAUACAGUUCCGAUUGAUCCACCCCUUAACCCACGCUUGUGCCCUUUCCACGGAUGACACCAUACUCCAUAGACCUCUGUGUAGGUGAGAGUGGAGGAGAACACCUGCUAGAACGGCACAUAACAUGGAUACACACCUGAAAAAUGUUUAAGAAAUACCAUCUUAAAGUGUGGCAAUUUCUGUGUAGCACUCAUCAGAUUUUAGUUUAAAGUUCCUAAUUUUAAGUGAAACUGACCAACAAACACCCUGUUACAUUAACACCGUUAUGAAAGGUUCAAUUCCAUGUGCCAAAGUAUUACAGUGUCACUGAGCCACACAGCUUAUAGACAGCUAAAAUGCAAAUUGCUGACAUACCGUAUCAGUAGACACCUUUUGUUUUAGAGUGAGAGCAUCUUUCUCUUUACUACACAGAUCUUUAAGGGGUAGGUGUUAUUACAGGAAGGAUCCAGUGUCUUUUUUUUUUUUUUUUUUUUUUAAAUUGUGGUGGAGUGAAUUUGUGUGUGGGUGUUGUUCACAGUGGAUGCGUGUUUGAAAUAUUGCACAUUAGUGUGAUAUGCCUCGUAUGCUUUGUGCUGUUAACAGUUCUGUUAGUGAGACGUCUUGGGCCGUGUGUGGUUGCAAUUUAGGGUGUUUGCAUUUUGUGCAUGGUAGUGCGUGUAUGUUUGUAUGUAUAAUUGUGUGUGUUUAGAUUUUUGCAUAAUGUGAAAGCGUGGUGCAUCACUUUUGUUGUGGGUUUGCGAGUUUGGUUCAGAAAUUCCCCCCUUGAAGUUCAGAUUGUUUCUCUUGGAUGCUUGUUGAGUUAAAACUUUUGUAAAUAUGUAGAUGUGUAUAAAAAGAAAGCUUUCAAAAUAAACAUAAAACAUGU